GCCGCCGUCAGUCGUCAUGGUGGGACCUGUCAUGCUGCCCUCGUGUUACUGAGAACCAGGUUGCCGGUCCUGACCAUGAGGCCGAGACUCAACAGGUCCGGCCCCUGAGUGUUGUUUCCUUCAUGCCCUGCCAGAUAAAGCGAUGCCGACUCCCCGCCGAGUUCCUAGGCAGGUUGUGGGGUUAAGAAGUGAACCAAAGUUGCGAUGCAAUCGGGCGAACAGGCCGCCUUUGUAAAUUUUCGGUAAAACUGGUGAAUGGAGAAUCGGCAAUGCCCUUGUCCUUCCCUAACGCCUGCAAUGUGGUCUGACAGGUCCGCUCUCUUCAAGGUGGUGGCUGACUUGCACCUGCUUUCGUCAUACAUGACCAUCCACGGAAAAGCGCCCGGAAGUUUGACCGUCCGGGGGUAAUAACAACAUGCAGCAGUUGUUGAUCAUUGGCUUCCCAACGGGAUGGCUCUGGCGCUCUUCUUAUUCCUCGUGGGCAUCACCGUGUCAGUCCAGCCCCAUUACCCUCCUGGAAGACGCUGCACCUUCCUAUCUCGGAGUGUCAAAAACUCAAAAGGGCCACGAGUACGGCCUGCCGUCUCGGGAAAACGACGUGUCGUCAUUCGACAUGAUCAACGCGUAUUUCUCCGCCCCGUCAUCUUUUCAAUUGCCACCACGAGCGCUGGUUCCGAGGCGGCCCCGUCCGUGUCCCGUUCCACUGGUUCCUCAACUCUUCGAUGAAGUGUUCUCGAAACUUGCUCCGUUGUCCCGGCUCCUCAGUCGCUUCGCCCGGCCGCAGGGGUUCGUGGGGGUUCCGGCCGUAUUUGCGCUCGUGGAUCACGCGGUGGAUGCGGCCUACGCCGCGGUGAAAGCCGGGGUUUCGGAGGAUAGUCGCGAUGAUCUUGUCCUCAAAGGUGAGGAGAAGUCGCAUGAAUAGAUUCCAAGGCGCCAUUUCUCUUGGGUGUUAUGAAUAGUUCAUUUGAAACUGUUGUGGGAUGUCCAUGACUUGGAGGGAUCGAACAGUCCGAGGUGGCGGAGAUUGUACGAAGUAAG